CGCGGCCGCGCGCGCAGGCGCCGCUCCGAUGGCGACGCUGCCUCUGGGGCUGAGCGAGGUGCGGGAUGCGGAGCGGCGGCUGCGGGGCCUCAUCCAUCGCACCCCGCUGCUCACCUGCGCGGGGCUGGACCGCAUGGCCGGCAGGAGGCUGCUCUUCAAGUGCGAGCUGUUGCAAAAGACCGGGUCCUUCAAGCUCUCCCUGCAGAUUCGCGGUGCCCUGAACGCCGUGAGGAGCCUCGUGGAGCAAAGGCAGCGCAGCGGCCGAGAGCCGCCCCGCGCCGUGGUGACACACAGCAGCGGCAACCACGGGCAGGCACUGGCCUGUGCUGCUCGGGCAGAAGGUAUUCCUGCCUACAUCGUGGUGCCCCGGACUGCCCCGCAGUGUAAGCAAGAUGCCAUUCGUGCCUACGGUGCCACACUGGUGCCGUGUGAUCCCAAUGACAAGUCCAGAGCCGAGACAGCAUCCACUGUAGUCCAGGAGACAGGAGGAGUCCUGGUGCACCCCAACCAGGAGCUGGCAGUGAUUGCAGGGCAAGGCACCAUCGCCCUGGAGGUGCUGGAGCAGGCACCCCAGGUAAAUGCAGUGGUGGUUCCCGUUGGAGGUGGAGGAAUGGUUGCAGGAAUAGCAGUCGCCAUCAAGGCUUUGAGGCCAGAUGUGAAGGUGUUUGCUGCUGAGCCAAGCAACGUGGAUGACUGUUACCAGUCCAAGGUCCGAGGGGAGCUGACCCCCAACCUCCACCCGCGGGACACCAUCGCAGACGCAGUAAAAACCAGCAUCGGACCCAACACGUGGCCCAUCAUCAGGGAUUUGGUUGAUGAUGUCCUGACAGUCUCAGAGGAAGAAAUCAAGCGAGCCACGUGGCUGGUGUGGGAAAGGAUGAAGCUGCUGAUCGAGCCAACAGCAGGCGUGGGACUGGCGGCCGUGCUCUCGGAGCAGUUCCAGGCAGUCCCCUGGGACGUGCAGAACGUUUGCAUCGUGCUGUGCGGGGGAAACGUGGACCUGAGAUCCCUGACCUGGCUCACAGACCUCUCUGGGAAAGCAGAAUGAGGAUGGAGUGGUGUUUCAUGGAAUGAAAACGUCACUCUGCA